UGCUGCUGCUACUACUGCUACUGCUACUGCUGCUGCUCCCGUGCCUGUCGCCCAUGGAAUAACCACCACGGCCGCCGUGCUGCGCUCCAUCAUCGACCCUGAUGUUCCGUGAUCCGGUGUUGCAGCGUCCUGCCGACGAGGAAGACCGCUUCUCGCGAGACAGGAUGCCAACCAAGCCAGGGGAACCGCCAGCUUACCACAGACCCCAAUCGCCCACGCAAACACCUUUUAGCUACUCGCCUCCCAAUCGACCACAUACCUCCAACCCCAACACGCCCGCGCCCUUACCUCUCCAUCACUCCAAUUUCAACACCCACCCCCGUCUGCCACCAACCUCGCCGAGCACCACCGAGCUGCCUCCCAUCAGCACGGCCCUUUACUCACGCGAAAACACGGCUUCGAAAUACUACGACCCGACGUCGGACCAUGGCGACCGCGGCAUAGGGCGAGGCACGGCGCGGUAUGACGGCCAUUAUCCAUCGCAGCCCCGAGACUCCCACGCCUACUCAGACGCUCGACCAGCGGAAACCCCGUACGACAAGCCGUAUCAAUCGCCUCUAGCAGGCACAUUCGCGCACCAGUCGCCUCUGCAACGACCCGCCUCACAGAGCCACGCCUCGGGCGGGAUGGAGGCCAUGUCUCAUUCCCCCGUCUCUCCGACCGUGUAUCAGUCACUGAAUCGCGGUGCGGUACAACCUCCAUCGAAUUACCCGCGGAGACCAUCAGUAAAAGAUGAGGCACCGCUACCGACCCGAGCCGACCCUAUGUCCCUCUCGAGCAUCAUGUCGUCUGGCGCAGACCCAGACCCUCCUUCAAAACCUCAAUCCCUCCCACCCAUUAACCCCGAACUCCGGAGAUUGUCUAAACCCUCCCUUGCCAACCCACUGUUCGUUAAGCAGGAAGCUAUGACCUCACCCGCACCGGCAGAACUCCCUCUGCUAGAUGGCCCUCUACUUAGGGAUGGGCUUGAUCCCAUAAUGGCUGUCGGCGCUGUCCCGCUACCUCAGCAACUUGUCCCCCGCGAGGGCCCCGUCGUAGAUGAGGCUCAGGUCGAAGCUGAACUCGCCCGCAUCGAGACAAUGGAAAUGAGUGAUAUCGACGGGCCUGGCUUUGAGGCCGAGAAGGAGGAGUACGCGCAACGAUGCCGGAAACGUGCCUCGGAGGUUGAGCAUGCUGAAGCCAACAAGCGCAAGCGACGACGUACUGCUGCCAUCUCGCGCAUGGUCGAUGUCCUCAGCGCUCACCGCGACUCGAAGAAGCACGCUUACAACCAAGAGCACGAAGGUGAAGCCUGGCAGCAGGUCCAGAACCAGGAAAUUGCCGAGGAGAAAGAGCGCAAGAAGGAUAUGCAACGUAAACGACGACGUGAAAAGACGAUCCAGAACGAGGAAGCAAAGCGUGCUGAGGCACUCGCAAAAGCGACACAAGCCGAGAACGAAGAAGAGAAGGAGAAGCAUCUUCGAGAUGCCCAGAAGGCCGAAAAGAAGGCCAAGACUACUUCUCAGCUGCUUCAAGGAAAUGCACCCAACAAGGAUAUUCGAGAGGUCACGCCGCACGCUCCCAACUUUGAGGGUGGUACCAUGAGCUCUUUCCAAGCGUCCGAUGACAUCGGCCCCAUAUCUAGUAAGAGGAAAGGAGGUCGUCAAGGUGGAAGGCUCAAGAAGAGCAAGGAGCAGAAGCAAGCCGAGAAAGAUGCUGCCGCUGCUGGCCAAGCUGCUAUUGAUCGAGGGGAUGAGCUGCCCCCUAUUGCUCCCCGAGAGGAAGCUCGUCUUGAGGCUUUAAAGAGCCGUAGCCAGACAGAGGAUCUCGCCCCGGUCACCUUGUCGUCGUUUAAUUCUCAAGUUUACCUGGCGCUCUUCAGCCAGAUCAACAAAGAUAUCGCCAAGAAAGAUGUUCCAAGAGUAUACCGAAUCAAGGAGACUUCUCUCGCCACCAAACAAUCGAAUCUUCGCAAGACUGCCCAACUGGCGUCGAAGGAAGCUCGGCGAUGGCAGAUGCGUACCAACAAGAGCCAAAAAGAAGUUCAGGCGAGAGCCAAGAGAAGCAUGCGUGAGAUGCUUUCGUUCUGGAAGCGCAAUGAACGUGACGAGCGGGAUCAGCGAAAGAUGGCUGAACGCCAAGAGAUGGAAAAUGCAAAGAAGGCUGAGGCUGAACGUGAAGCAAAUCGGCAGAAGAGGAAACUUAACUUUCUCAUCUCGCAAACCGAACUCUACUCCCAUUUCAUUGGCAAGAAGGCACGAACUGAUGAGAUUGAGCGGUCAACCGAUGAUGCAGAUGCUGCAGCUGCUGGCCAUUCUCAGGGACCUGGUGGACCUCUUGUCGAUGCAUCAGACGCUCCGCUUCAACCCGGUACAAAGGUUACCCAUUUCGAUACCCUGGAUUUUGACAAUGCUGACGAGAGCGAACUCCGAGCUGCUGCUAUGGCAAACGCGCAACACGCGGUACAAGAGGCACAGGAUCGUGCCCGUGCAUUCAAUGAUAAUCAAGCACCGUCAGACUUUGAUGAAGGGGAGAUGAAUUUCCAGAACCCAACUAGUCUACAAAGUAUGGAUGUCCCCCAGCCAAAGCUGCUGCAUUGUCAGCUCAAGGAGUACCAAAUGAAAGGUCUCAACUGGCUCGUCAAUCUCUACGAGCAAGGUAUCAACGGAAUCUUGGCCGACGAGAUGGGUCUAGGCAAGACCGUACAGUCAAUCUCUGUUAUGGCAUACCUCGCCGAAAAACACGGCAUCUGGGGUCCUUUCUUGGUUAUCGCCCCUGCCUCCACUCUUCACAACUGGCAACAGGAAAUAACGAGGUUCGUUCCAGACCUGAAGGUCUUACCGUAUUGGGGAAACGCAAAAGACCGCAAAAUUUUGCGGAAGUUUUGGGAUAGGAAACACAUCACCUACACCAAAGAAUCGCAAUUCCACGUCCUCGUCACGUCGUACCAGCUCGUCGUGCAGGAUGCACAAUACUUUCAGAAGAUUCGCUGGCAGUACAUGAUACUCGACGAAGCGCAGGCCAUCAAGUCCUCUCAGAGCUCUCGAUGGAAGAGUUUGCUGGGUUUUCACUGCCGUAACCGGCUUCUUCUCACCGGUACACCAAUCCAGAACAACAUGCAGGAACUAUGGGCUUUGCUGCAUUUCAUUAUGCCAAGCUUAUUCGAUUCGCACGACGAAUUCAGCGAAUGGUUCUCAAAAGAUAUUGAGAGCCAUGCCCAGAGCAACACGAAGCUUAACGAGGAUCAACUCAAGCGGUUACACAUGAUUCUCAAGCCAUUUAUGUUGCGUCGUAUCAAGAAGCAUGUACAAAAAGAGUUAGGUGACAAGGUCGAGAAGGACGUGUUCUGUGAUCUCACCUACCGACAGCGGGCUUACUAUACUAAUCUUCGCAAUAAGAUUAGCAUCAUGGAUUUGAUAGAGAAGGCCGUCGGUGACGAGCAGGAUAGUGCUACAUUGAUGAACUUGGUCAUGCAGUUCCGUAAGGUCUGUAACCAUCCGGAUUUGUUCGAAAGAGCGGAUACCUGGUCACCUUUCUCCUUUGCCUACUUUGCCGAAACUGCAUCAUUCUUGCGCGAGGGCCAGAACGUCAGGGUAGGGUACUCGACACGCAACCUCAUCGAAUACCGCCUUCCUCGACUGAUCUGCCGCGACGGAGGCCGUCUCGAUAUCCCUGGUCCGGAAAAUCCCAAGGCUGGCUUCAAUGAUCACUAUCUUUACAAUCUUAUGAACAUCUGGGACCAAGAUCACGUUCACAAAUCAUCACUGGAAGCUGGCGCAUUCUCUUGGCUCCGACUUGCAGACCUUUCCGCUAGUGAGGCGUCAAAGAUCGCGAAGAAGGACCUGUUUCAACGGGCGAUUGACAUUGGGGACAAGCCGCAGCGCUUGGGCCGGCUGAAUGUCUUCUAUGAUGACGAGAACGGUCCAUACACUCCAAAGCGCUCGAUGCUCAACAUCGUUGAACGCCAGGAUCGUGUUCCUUUGGCCGACAUUACUUCUGAAGGCUAUAUGCACAAUCUCUUCAACGUCUCGCAAACAGCUUUUGAAGAGACUGGUCUUAACAUUAUUGAGCGGAGUGCUAAGCCCGCCGCAUCCGCUCCUCCCAUUGAGCUGUACUGCUCGAGUCAAGGAGUCAUUGCAGAGAAGCAGAGGGAUUUCUUUAACGUUCCUAUGCGAACUGCUCUAUACGGCGUCUCAGAGAAGACUGAGCUAGCGCUCCUGGAUUCCAAGGUUGAUGUCAAUGCGCUAUCCGUCCGAAGCAAACUCCCUCUACCAACUAACAAGAGGGCGAAUUACACUCAUGUUGAAGUACCGUCGAUGCACCGCUUCGUCACGGACUCUGGCAAGCUUGCAAAACUUGACGCUUUGCUGAAGAAGCUGAAGAGUGGUGACCACCGCGUGUUGUUGUACUUCCAGAUGACCAAGAUGAUUGAUCUGAUGGAGGAGUAUCUCACCUACCGGGGCUACAAAUACUGCCGGCUGGACGGUUCCACUAAACUCGAAGAUCGCCGCGAUACCGUCGCAGAUUUCCAGACUCGUCCGGAGAUCUUUAUCUUCCUCCUGUCUACUCGCGCUGGUGGGCUUGGUAUCAAUUUGACCUCUGCUGAUACGGUCAUCUUCUACGACUCCGAUUGGAAUCCUACAAUUGACUCGCAAGCCAUGGACAGAGCUCAUCGUCUUGGUCAGACGAAGCAAGUCACCGUCUAUCGUCUUAUUACCAGUGGUACUAUCGAGGAGCGUAUUCGCAAGCGUGCGCUGCAGAAGGAAGAAGUGCAACGUGUCGUCAUCUCUGGUGGUGCCGGCGUUGACUUCAACACCAGAUCUAGGGAGAACAAGACCAAAGAUAUUGCAAUGUGGCUCGCAGACGACGACCAGGCUGCCGAGAUCGAGAAGAAGGAGGCUGAACGGGCAGAGGCGGAGAAGAACGCCCCACCAGGUCGAAAGAAGAAGAGGAAGAGGGCGGAGACGAGCUUGGACGAGAUGUAUCAUGAAGGCGAGGGACACUUCGACGACGGCAGCAAACCUGCAACUGGCACAGCGACUCCGGUCUCGACUAUGGAAGGCCCGGCCAAGAAACGCAAGGGCACCAGCAAGAAGGCGAAGACGGCUAAGCAGCGGCUUGCUGUAGCUGACGGUCAGCUCUGAGCUUUUGCA